AUGGACAAAUCAUGGAUGUCCAAGAAUAGGAUGUCAGAUGAGUAUAAGGCCGGAGUAGAAGCAUUCAUGCAGUUUGCUACACAAAACUUAACUAAUGAAGAAUUGAUAUCAUGUCCAUGCUCGGCAUGUGGAAAUCUCACGAGCAAGAAGGUUGAGCUCGUAAGAUUGCACUUGUUGUCUCGUGGUAUGGAUUUAACAUACACAAAAUGGAUAUGGCAUGGGGAAAGAUUUGCACCAAGUGGCUCAAUGAAUUAUUUAGAUCAAAUGCGCAAUGAUGAUCAUAACUUUCUAUCAGAAGAGCCAAUUGAUAUGGUGCAUGCCGCAUAUGAAGAAAAUGAUAAUCCAGGGGAAUUCAUAAAAUUACUUGAUGAUGCUGAAAAGGGUUUAUAUCCAGGAUGUGUGAAAUACACCAAAUUAUCUGCAAUAGUGAAAUUAUAUAACUUGAAGGCAAAACAUAAUUGGAGUGAUAAGAGUUUCACUGACCUUCUGUCUUUAUUGGGAGAUAUGUUGCCUGCAUAUAAUGUUUUGCCUUCAUCUUUAUAUGAAGCAAAGAAAACUCUAGGAACUUUAGGCAUGGAAUAUGAGAAAAUUCAUGCAUGUCCCAAUGAUUGUGUCUUGUAUCGGAAAGAGUAUGUGGACUAUUCGAAUUGCCCAACCUGUGGUGUAGCUAGAUGGAAAGAGAGUAAGAAUACUAGUUUAAAAAAACGCGUUCCUGAAAAAGUGUUAUGGUACUUUCCACCAAUUUCGAGAUUCCAGAGAAUGUUUCGAAGCAAGCACAUCGCAAAGGACCUGGCUUGGCAUGCUGAUGAGAGGGUUCAAGACAAUUACCUACGUCAUCCGGCAGAUUCACCCUCAUGGAGGAAAGUUGAUCUUAAGUGGCCAGAAUUUGGGAAUGAGAAGAGAAAUCUGAGAUUGGCAUUGUCAGCUGAUGGGAUCAAUCCUCAUAAAUUGAUGACCUCGUCAUAUAGCUGUUGGCCAAUUUUAUUGGUCACUUAUAAUCUUCCUCCGUGGAUGUGUUUUAAGAGAAAAUUCAUUAUGCUUACGAUGUUGAUUGCUGGUCCUAAGCAACCGGAAAAUGAUAUUGAUGUCUACUUAGCACCUUUGGUUGACGACUUAGCACAUUUAUGGUCUGUAGGUGUUCGAACCUAUGAUGCUUAUCGGGAUGAAACAUUCUUACUUAAAGCUGUCUUGUUAUGGACAAUAAAUGAUUUACCAGCUUACGGAAACUUAGCAGGUUGCAAGGUGAAAGGAUAUCAUGCAUGUCCUAUUUGUGGUGAAGAUACUUAUGAAAAGAGAUUGAAAUGCAGUCGGAAGAUAUCAUUCACUGGGCACAGAAGGUUUCUACGUGAGAGUCAUCCUUACAGAAGACAAAAGAAAGCAUUUGAUGGUACACAAGAGUUCAAUAAAGCACCAAAACCAGCAAGUGGCGCCGAUAUUUAA